AUGAUUGCCAAAGUUGUUCUCGCUAUUACUGCCUUUGCUGGCGCUGCCUAUGCUGCCACAGACGAGACUGUUACUGCCACCAGCCUCGUUGUUCCUUCUAUCAAUGAUAAGGAUGGUAUCGGUGCCGGAACAGACUCCUACACCUUCUACCAGGGUGAUGGUACCGCUGCCGAUGGUUGGCCAUCUAUUGAUGACUGGGUUUCCUUCCGCGAAAUGUUCGAAGCCAAUACCGUAUCCAUGCUAAUCGGCUGCGAUCAAUACGGUGUCGCUGGUGACUCCAUGGAUGAAAUCGAUGACAUCAAGACUGCCAUUGAUGCAAUUGCCGCAGAGACCUACGUUGACCACCGCUUCAUUUUGGCCGUGAUCAUGCAGGAAUCUACCGGUUGUGUUCGUGUACCUUCUUCCAUUGGUUCUGUGACCAACCCUGGUCUCAUGCAAGACCACGAGGGAGCUUCGACUUGCAAUGAUGGAACUACUGUUCACAACCCCUGCCCCGAGAGCAAGAUUGAGGGUAUGAUUAGUGAAGGAACUGCCGGAACAGAAACCGGUGAUGGUCUUGCCAACUGUCUUAACGAGGCCAACGCCACUGGCGCUGAAGCUUUCUACCGUGCUGCUCGUAUCUACAACUCCGGCUCUGUCCAUGCUUCUGGUGAUCUUGGUGUUGGUCUUGGUACUCCUUGCUACGCAAGUGACAUUGCCAACCGUCUCACUGGCUGGGUCACCGCUACUAGCAGCUGCACACUCUAA